CUUUCCAAGGACCCUGAAGUGCAGCAGAGAAACGGGGGGGAGGAGGAGGGUGAAGAGAGGGAGCCGCGGCUACUGGGGCUGAUUUUUCUCCGUUCCUCCAGCAGCCCCUCUCGCUAAGCACGAUGCUGGUGUAUCUGAUCUUCCGUGCUCGACUCCUGUUUCUGCUCUCGACCAACUGUCUCCAGGGCGGACAGUUAUCGCCACAGCCGAACCCCGAGAAAACCAAUUAGAUGAGCGCGAUCCUCAAGUUUAAUAAAAGUGAAGUCGAGGAAGGAGGUGUGGGGGGAGGAGGAGGAGGAGGAGGGGAGAAAAGAUCUCUGGAGUUUUGACAAUAAACCACCUCCCCUCCCCUCUCGCCCCCCUCCCCAAGCAACUAGAAGGGAAGACUUUGGGGGGGCCAAGGGGGGUGGAAAACUUGAUCGCUGCAACGAAGCGGCACAAACCACCAUGCAGCUGGUGUUAUGGGCGGUAGGAUUAAGCACGCUACUCCUGCAAGACUUCUUGAAUAGAGCCGGCGCAGCAGCAGCAGCCAGGGAACAAGGGAGGCAUCUCCGACAAGGCAAACUGCUGGGGACGCUGAGAGAGUAUGAGAUUGUGAUCCCAACCCGUGUGAAUGAGCUUGGAGAACCAUUGUCUACAAAGGUCCACUUUCAAAGAAAGAAACGAAGCCUUCUUCCGGAAGCCGCCGAGCCCUGGACCCUGGAUGCCCCCUCUUCCUCCAUCUCCUCCUCUUCUUUCCAUACCACCCAAGUGCAUUAUAGAUUGGAAGCCUUUGGGCAGCACUUCAUUUUCAACCUUACAGCCCAUUCGGGAUUUAUUGCCCCUCUUUUCACGGUCAGCUUCCUCGGGGAACCCGAGGUUAACCAAACAAACUUUUACACUGAGGAGGAAAGUGAUAUUAAGCACUGUUUCUAUCAAGGACAUGUCAAUACGGAGCCCCAACAUACAGCAGUCAUAAGUCUAUGUUCUGGCAUGUUAGGCACAUUUAGGUCUCAUGAUGGAGAAUACUUUGUAGAGCCACUCAUAUCACCUGACCAACAAGAAUAUGAAGAAGAGCAUAAAAAGCCACAUAUUGUCUACCGACACAGUGUACCACCAACAUUCUCACCAAGGGACAAGCAGACAUGUGACAUUUCAGGCCACCCAAAAAAUCACAGAAAGCCUAAAAGACAAAGCAGGGCAAGGCAGUGGCCCCCAAAUAGCAUACUCUCUGACGUAGAAGCUUUGAAACUUAACUUAGGGCAAUUUCCAGCAUCCGGUGAAAACAAGACUGGCAACAUAAGGAGAAAAAACAGUCCACAAAGAAUGAAGCGAUUUUUGUCCUAUCCUCGGUAUGUGGAAGUUAUGGUGGUGGCAGACAGUCGAAUGGCUGCAUACCAUGGAACAAAUCUUCAGCAUUACAUUUUGACAUUGAUGUCCAUAGUAGCAUCUAUAUACAAAGACCCAAGCAUUGGGAAUUUAAUUAAUAUCGUUAUUGUGAAAUUAGCCAUCAUACAUAAUGAACAGGAUGGCCCGUCCAUAUCUUACAAUGCCCAGACAACGCUAAAAAACUUUUGCCAGUGGCAGCAAACUCAGAACCAACUCAGUGAAGAGCAUCCAGAUAAACAUGACACUGCUGUAUUGGUGACAAGGCAGGAUAUUUGUAGAGCUCAUGACAAAUGUGAUACUUUAGGUUUGGCUGAAUUGGGUACCAUCUGUGAUCCAUACCGAAGCUGUUCAAUUAGUGAAGACAGCGGACUCAGUACUGCUUUUACAAUUGCACAUGAACUUGGCCAUGUAUUUAACAUGCCCCAUGAUGACAAUAAUAAGUGCAAAGAAGAUGGAGGAAAAAGCCAGCAACAUGUUAUGGCUCCCACCCUCAAUUACAACACUAACCCCUGGAUGUGGUCAAAAUGUAGCCGUAAAUACAUCACGGAAUUUCUGGACACUGGAUACGGGGAGUGUUUACUUGAUGAGCCUUCAUCAAGAACCUACUCUUUGCCUCAGCAACUUCCUGGUUACAUGUAUGAUGUCAAUAAGCAGUGCGAGUUAAUUUUUGGGCCUGGAGCUAAGGUUUGCCCUUAUAUGAAGCAGUGCAGAAGACUCUGGUGCAUUAAUGCUGAUGGAGCACAUAAAGGAUGUCGUACUCAACACACACCAUGGGCGGAUGGGACGGACUGUGGCCUAGGAAAGCAUUGCAAGUAUGGCCACUGUGUUCCCAAAGAGCGAGAAGUACCUAUGACAGAUGGGGCUUGGGGCACAUGGAGCCCCUUCGGAGCUUGCUCACGAACAUGUGGUGGGGGUAUUAAAAAUGCUAUUCGAGAAUGCAACAGGCCUGAGCCCAAAAAUGGUGGAAAAUAUUGUGUGGGACGCAGAAUGAAAUUUAAAUCAUGCAACACUGAACCAUGUUCUAAACAAAAGAAGGAUUUCCGUGAUGAACAAUGCGCUGUCUUUGAUGGGAAGCAUUUUAACAUUAACGGUCUACCUCCUAAUGUGCGCUGGGUUCCUAAGUAUAGUGGAAUUUUAAUGAAAGACAGAUGCAAGCUCUUCUGCAGAGUGGCAGGAAAUACAGCUUAUUAUCAGCUCAGGGACAGGGUUAUUGAUGGCACCCCUUGUGGCCCAGAUACAAAUGACAUCUGUGUACAAGGACUUUGUCGGCAAGCUGGAUGUGAUCAUGUGCUCAAUUCCAAAGCCAGAAGGGAUAAAUGUGGUGUGUGUGGUGGCGAUAAUUCAUCAUGCAAAACCAUUGCAGGGACAUUCAAUACGGUGCACUAUGGUUAUAACACUGUGAUACGCAUUCCAGCCGGUGCUACAAAUAUCGAUGUACGGCAGCAUAGUUACUCAGGGAAACCAGAAGAUGAUAAUUACCUUGCAUUGUCAAGCAAUGAAGGCUUCAUAUUAAAUGGAGACUAUGUUGUCAGUAUGUUUAAGAAGGAAAUCAAAAUUGGAAAUGCUGUGAUAGAAUACAGUGGCUCAGACACUCCCAUUGAACGAAUCAAUUCGACAUACCGCAUUGAUCAAGAAAUAGUUCUUCAGGUUUUAUCAGUGGGUAAUUUAUAUAACCCGGAUGUUCGAUACACAUUCAAUAUCCCCAUUGAAGAUAAACCUCAGCAGUUUUAUUGGAAUGUUUAUGGCCCUUGGCAACCCUGCAGUAAGCUGUGCCAAGGAGAACGAAAAAGGAAACCAAUUUGUACCCGGGAAUCUGAUCAGCUCAUUGUAUCUGACCAAAGAUGUGAUAAAAUUCCUCAACCUGAUCCAGUGACAGAGCUGUGUAAUUCAAAUUGUGAAUUAAGGUGGCAUAUUGCCAGAAAGAGCGAAUGCUCUGUGCAGUGUGGAUUGGGGUAUAAAACGUUGGAAAUUUCCUGCACCAAGUACAGCAAGCUGGAAGGCAAAAUUGAGAAAUAUGAUGAUCGAUACUGUAGUGGCAUCCCCAAGCCAAACUCCAGGGAAAAGUGUUCAGGAGAUUGUAACACUGGAGGAUGGCGCUAUUCAGCCUGGACUGAAUGCUCCAAGAGCUGUGGCAGUGGCACAAAAAGGCGUCGAGCGGUCUGCAUGAACACAUUCAAUGAUGUUUUGGAGGACAGUAAAUGCAGUCAGCAGGAAAAAGUGACUGCGCAGCGAUGCAAUGAACUCCCGUGCCCCCGCUGGAAAACAGGAGAUUGGUCGGAAUGUUUGGUAACCUGUGGAAAAGGGCACAAACAUCGGCAGAUCUGGUGCCAAUUUGGAGAAGAUCGGAUAAAUGACAGACUUUGUGAUCUUGAGGCCAAACCAGAUUCUAUGCAAGAUUGCCAGCAGCAAGAAUGUGCAGCAUGGCAAGUUGGACCAUGGGGCCAGUGCACAGUAACAUGUGGGCAAGGCUAUCAGAUGAGGGCAGUGAAAUGUGUUGUUGGUGCCUACAUUUCUGUAGUAGAUGAUAACGAAUGCAAUGCUGCUACCAAACCAACAGAUACACAGGACUGUGAAACAGUGCCAUGUCGUCUUCACCCUAGCAACCCAGAAAUCAAACAAAGCAGUCACAGAACCCAGUGGAGAUUUGGAUCCUGGACUCCUUGUUCAGCUACAUGUGGGAAAGGCACCAGGAUGAGAUAUGUCAGCUGUCGUGACGAUCAGGGCUCUGUGGCUGAUGAGGCUGCCUGUUUCCAUCUUCCAAAGCCAUCGGCAACAGAAGCAUGUCUUGUAAUAUCGUGUGGCAGGUGGAAAGCCAUGGAAUGGAGCUCAUGCUCUGUAACUUGUGGACAAGGUAAGGUGACCAGGCAAAUAGUCUGCGUAGAUUACAAUGACCAGAGUAUUGAUAGAAACGAGUGUGAUGCUGAGGAUAUCCUUGCAACAGAGCAGGACUGCUCUAUGCCAUCGUGUCAACAGAUCAACCCAAAUAACAGGCCCACUAAUCCUUUUCCUUACCCUGACUAUCAUCAAAAAAACAAUCGAGGUGGGAACCCGAACCAAAAUCAAGGUCAUGGACAUGGAGGCAACCAGUGGCGAACUGGGCCAUGGGGAGCAUGCUCAAGUACUUGUGCUGGUGGAUUUCAGCGGCGAGUAGUCGUGUGCCAGGACGAAAAUGGAUACGCCGCUAAUAAUUGUGAUGCGAGGGUGAAACCGGACGAGCAAAGAUCCUGUGAAUCGGGGCCCUGCCCUCAGUGGGCCUAUGGCAGCUGGAGCGAGUGUACAAAGUCAUGUGGUGGAGGAACCAGAACGAGACUAGUUGUAUGCCAGCAUUCCAAUGGAGAGAGGUUUACUGAUCUGAGCUGUGAAAUCCUGGACAAGCCACCGGACCGUGAGCAGUGCAAUAUCCAGGACUGUCCUCAAGAAGCUGCCUGGAAUACUGGUCCUUGGAGCUCGUGUUCUGUUUCUUGUGGACGAGGACAGAAGUACCGAGAAGUAUAUUGCAUGUCGAAGGAUGGGAAACUUUUAGAAAACAGUCUUUGUACACAGCUGGCUAAACCAAAUGUGCUGAGGAAGUGUAGAGGUGGCAGGUGCCCAAAAUGGAAAGCAGGAGACUGGGGACAGUGUUCAGUGUCCUGUGGGAAAGGAAUUCAGCGGAGACGCAUCAUCUGCCAGUUUACUACUUCAAAAACAACUAGAGAGACUGAAUGCAGUCAGUCAAGCAGACCAGCUUCUGAACAGGAAUGUCAAAUGGCAGAAUGUUCUUUCUACUAUUGGAAAACAGAGGACUGGCAAGAAUGUAGCAAAACCUGUGGCAAGGGGUCUAGAUACCGGAAAGUGAUCUGUGUGGACCAGAAUAUGCAAGAAGUUGAUAGUUUUCAUUGUGAUCCAAGCAAGAGGCCAUCUGAUGUUGAGAUCUGCACCUUGCCCCCAUGUGAAUACAUCUGGAUUACAGGAGACUGGUCAGAGUGCUCUGUGACAUGUGGUAAAGGCUACAAGCAAAGGCUGGUUUCCUGCAGUGAAAUUUAUACAGGGAAAGAUCAUUAUGAGUAUGGUUAUCAGAGCACAGUUCACUGUCCAGGCACACCACCACCAAAUGUGCAGUCAUGCUAUCUAGGCGAGUGCCCUGUUUUGGCAUCGUGGAGAGUUGGAAAUUGGGGAAGUUGUUCGGUGAGUUGCGGAAUUGGGGUGAUGCGUCGGUCAGUUCAGUGUCUCACGAACAGUGACCAAGCAAGUACCUUGUGCCUUGAUGAUUUAAAACCUGACGAAAGGAGGACAUGCCACAACAUUCACGAGUGUGAAUUACCAACAAGCUGCAAAGAAGUAAAAAGGCUCAAAGUCGUUACUGAGGAUGGUGAAUAUUUUCUGAAAGUUAAAGGAAGACUUUUAAAGAUAUAUUGUGCUGGCAUGGACUCGGACAGCCCUAAAGAAUACAUGACUCUGGUAAAUGGUGAUGCAGAGAAUUUCUCAGAAGUCUACAGCUAUAGGUUACAUAAUCCGACUGAAUGCCCAUAUAAUGGAAGCCGAAGAGAGAAUUGCCAGUGUAGGAAAGAUUACACAGCAGCUGGGUUUUCUGCCUUCAGCAAAGUAAGGCUGGACCUGAAUGCUAUGCAAAUAAUAACUACCGAUUUACAGUUUGCACAGACACUUGAUGGACGACCUGUUCCUUUUGCCACUGCUGGGGAUUGCUACAGUGCAGCCAAGUGCCCACAGGGUCGUUUCAGCAUCAACCUCUCUGGAACUGGCCUGUCAGUAACACAGACCUCAAAGUGGCUUUCACAAGGGAAUUACGCUGUUUCGGAAAUUACAAAAUCUCCUGAUGGUACCAAAGUAAUAGGAAAAUGUGGUGGUUACUGUGGAAAAUGUACCCCAUCAUCUGGAACUGGCCUUGAUGUUCAAGUGUUAUAGCAAUGGAUUUCUUAAUGCCGGGAGCUUAAGCAAGAUGGAUGAAGGACAAUUAAGCAAUACCUCUGCCUUCCAUUUUUGUAUUUCUAUGUUUGUGUUUGUGUGUGUGUGUGUGUGAGAGAGAGAGAGAGAAAGAGAGAAAUGCAUGUGAUGUGCCUUUUUAAAAAGUAUGAGUGUAUCUGUGUGUAUGCUUGUAUGUGUGUGUACAGUAUAUUCUUGAUGUUCUUAAUGUAUUAUAUUUAUGUCCGGAAUUAUUUAUUUUGAUUUAAUAUUUUUGUAUGUAAGAUUUUAUAUUAAAGCUGCUUAUCCUGUGUUCUUUUUUAAAAAAAAAUUAAGCCUUGCAGUCACACCACUGCAUUUUUACAUAUUCUACAUCAUAUGUAGCAUUUUGACAAAAGUGAUAUGUUUAUUGUCACUGUAUCCAGUUGUUUACCUUCAUUCAGUAAUUUCUCUUCUUGUUACAGGCUGCACUGAUCUUUGUAAGGUGCUAACUGGUUUUCAUUAAGGUAUUUUUGGCAUUUUAAAAUCAACUAUUCCUUAUGAGGAAAAUAAUUAUUGUUAUUAAAUUUAUUUAACAAUCAGUACUUUGCAGGGAUUUGGUGAACACAUGAUAAUAUCUUGGCUUUAUCAGUAACUGUGUCUUACAUAUUUUUAAUAGCAUAUAACUUCCAUUGACUAGUGCUAUAAAAGUCACUGGUUUGGUGCUAAUAUGAUAAUAUUUAUUAAUAACCUGUAGGCUUUAGAAGCUAAAUUCUUUGCCAUGCCAUGUGGCGAUGGAGAAUCAGUAACUAAAUUUGUGUAAAAUGAGAAUUGGUUCAAAUAUUUAGUUUAAGGCAGAGAAAGCUUUUACCUAUAUUAGACAAAGGCCUAAUAUUCUUCAGAAAUUUAUGAAUGGUUCUUUCUUCAGAGAAAUGAUUUGCAGUGAAAGGAUUUGUGUGUGCUAUCAUGCAGUCACUAUCAAUCUGGAUCAGUGGUCUUCAACUUCCUGUCUCUUGAAUCCCACCAAUUAGUCUAUUAAAGGUACCACUAAGAUAGUAAUGAAAAGUCUAUGUUUUCCAAGAAAUACAUAAAUAAGCAGAUGGAAUACCUUUGUACAUAUUUAUCAGUUAUAAUAAGUCGUUAAUUACAAUACAGGUAGUCCUCACUUAAUGAUUACAACUGAGACCGGAAUUUCAGUUGCUAAGCAAAGCAGUCAUUAAGCGAAUCUGACCCAAUUUUACAGCCUUUUUUGCAGUGGUCAUUAAGUGAAUCACCAUGGUUGUUAAGCGAAUCACACAGUUUCCCAUUGAUUUUACUUGCCAGAAGCCAGCCGGGAAAGUCAAAAAUGGCGAUCACGUGAUCACAGGAUGCUGCAAUGGUCAUAAAUGCGACCUGGUUGCCAAACGACCAAAUCAUGAUCACAUGACCACAGGGACACUGUGAUGGUCGUAAAUGUGAGCACCGAUUGUAAGACAGUUUUUUCAGCACUGUUGUAAGUCUGAACUAUCACUAAAUGAAUGGUCAUUAAAUGAGGACUACCUGUAAUAUUGUGGACAAUACUGUUUUAGUAAAAUAACGUUUUAGUAAAAUAAUGAUGGAGAAUUAACUAGAGCAUUUGCCAUUGUAAGAGCAGUCUUAAGCCUAAGCAAAAAAAAUGCAGACAAAUAAUGAGAGAGACAGAGACAUAGCUAGUACAAAAUGUUGUUUUAUUUUG